GAUACAAACAAGGUAUAAGUGACACUUAGCAUAUUUUUUUGGGCAACAACAAGGUCAUCCAAUCAAAAUGCAAGGACCCCUACAUGAUUUGUUAAUUGUAGUUUUGGCUUAACACGUCACCUUCAAAUUCACUUUAAUUAAUUUUGCAAUUUCGUAAAAGGGGACAAAUUAUAUGAAUUCCCAAGUAGAGUAUCGUAUAGGUUAUUCAAUUCCAAGUUAUCUCUCAUUCUUUUUACCAAUUACUUUUCCAAAUCGAGUCCUUUAACAAGAUCUUGACCGUUCGAUUGAUACCUUUUUGUUGAAAUUUGCAAACCCUACUUUGAUUUUACGCAAAAAUCGAACCUUUGUUACGAGUUAGCGAUUCCGAUCCGUCUAAGAGAUAAUUUGGCUAGUUUUGAGAACGGUCGAUUUUAUUUUUUUUUGUUAAUUUUGGGAUUUCUAUUUUCUUUUUCUUUUUUGAAUUUUAGGUGAAAGUUUAUUAGUGUGGUGAAAAUCUUCGUUUUAUCGCUAAUUUGCUAGUUUUGAGAAAAGGUUGAUUUUUUUUUUUGUUGAUUUUUUUUUCUUUUUUGAAUUUUAGGUGGAAGUUUAUUAGUGUUGUGUAAAUCUCUGUUUUAUCCAUAAUUUGGUCGAUUUAUUUUAUGAGAAUAAUAGUGGUGUUUGUGUUUUUUGUUUGAAUUUUAGGUGAAAGCUUAUUAGUGUAUUGUGUAAUUCUUCGUUUUAUAGAUAAUUUGCCCAGAUUUGAGUAAAUUGGCAUUUAUUAUGAGAAUCAUAGUGGAGUUUAUGCUUUUUGUUUGAUGUUUAGGUGAAAGUUUAUUAGUGUGUUGUGUAAUUCUUCGUUUUAUAGAUAAUUUGCCUAGAUUUGAGUAAAGGGUCAACUUAUUUAUGAGAAUGAUAGUGGGGUUUAUGCUUUUUGUUUGAAUUUUAGGUGAAAGUUCAUUAGUGGGGCUCUGCAUCUUGUUUUAUUCUCCUUUUUGGUGAUCAGUGGGUUGGAUAGGUCCUUUUUUUGUUUUUGCUUUCAAGUGUUAUUAUGUAUAUAGAGGAAGAGAAGGGUGGAGAGGUGGAGAGUGGGGAGGAGGAGGUGGUGGUGGGUGGUGGAGUGGUAGAGAAGGUGGAAAAAUUAGAUACUGGUGGUGAGGUGUUGUGUUCUAGUGAUAGUAGUGGCAAGAAUUCUGUUGUUGUGUUGGAUGUAAGGAGGGUCAUGGUUGGAGUUGGGGCUCGGGCCUUGUUUUAUCCGACGCUUCUCUACAAUGUUGUUAGGAACAAGAUUCAGAUGGAGUUUCGCUGGUGGGAUUGGAUUGAUGAGUUUGUGUUAUUAGGUGCUGUCCCUUUCCAAUCUGAUGUGAAAAGGCUAAAGGAGCUUGGUGUCUCAGGUGUUGUCACCCUAAAUGAGCCAUAUGAGACUUUAGUUCCAACUUCUUUAUAUGAGGCUCAUGGUAUUUGUCAUUUGGUUCUCCCCACAAGAGAUUACUUAUUCGCUCCAUCACUGAAUAAUAUAUGUCAAGCAGUAGAGUUUAUCCAUGAAAAUGCUUCCAAUGGACAAAGUACAUAUGUGCACUGCAAGGCUGGUCGAGGACGUAGCACAACCAUUGUCUUAUGCUACUUGGUUAAGUACAAGCAGAUGACACCAAAUGAUGCAUAUAACUAUGUGAAGUCAAUUCGUCCAAGGGUGCUUUUGGCCUCUGCCCAGCGGCAGGCUGUUCAGGAAUUCUACCAUCUCAUGGUGAAAAAGACAUACAGUUGUUACCCCUUGACUAGUGUGAUCCCACGGAGCUCAAGGUUUUUGGCAAGACGGAAUUUGCUAGCCUUCGAUGAUGGUGCUGUAGUUGUGAUAACCGAAGCAGAUCUAGAUGGAUAUGAUUCGAACCUCGACUCCAGGGUGGCUGGAUCCGAGAUUUGGGCUGAUUUGAAUUUGAUUUACAGGGUUCGAGUUGCUAGUGGGGCAGCCUUAGCAAGACUCUCCUGCAUGUGGUUACGUUGCCACGCCGACCAGAAGAUACCGAACCAGAAGCUGAAUGCAGAGAACAAGCAGCUGGAAAGUUUUACUGUAGAUAUACAUGUAUUCUCAAGUUAAAAAAGUUGUAUAUCUGUUUCUUCAGUAUAUAAAGAUGCUACAAGGUGCCCAACUGUUUUCAGCUUUCUCUGCCAAAAAAAGUUGACGUUCUCAAUGUAAAUAUGAUAAUACUUGUCGAGUUGCAAAAGAGAAGUUUUAAGAGUAUAUGUAUAUAUAGCUUUAUGCAUAGUUUGAAUA